AUGGUAUUUGUUGCUACAUGCUAUGCUGUCUGGGUAGCCGUUUCUUCUUUGUUCAUCCUUUCAGCAUAUCAGCUAGAUGUUCAUAAGUUACUCUCGAAACUAAUCCCCAAAUUCUCUCCGAGUGUCACAAAAUAUAAUGUUGCUUCUCUAUUAGCAUUUCUUUCUGAGAAAUCAUUGGAAACUGCUAGUGUCAAAGGCAUAGUCUCAAUCUUCGCAGAAAAAUUAGGAGCUUCUUCUUCUCGUUUCUAUGAUAUAAUAUUCUUCGUGGAUAUGCUAGGCUUAGGCUCCUUGCUUUCUUUGAUCGUUGUAAAUGUAAUUGGAGCCUAUCGUCUAGACAGUGUAAAAGCGAAACUUAUGUCUUCAUCUGAAGCUUCCACCAAGGAUGGCUUUUCAUUGACAAAGCACGUCAGUCGACUUUUAGUCAAUGAUGCAUCCGGAUCCAUCCUUCGCUAUCCUUAUAUAUCAUAUCUUCCAAAUUGGCUGCUAGCAAAAAAUAACACUGAAAGAUUGGUUUAUAAGAGUCACCUACUGUUGAACGUCUUCGCUCCAAGCGACAAAUCUGCAAAUCAUCCCGUAAUCAUAUGGGUAUGUGGCCGUAAUAAGGCUGAAUCAGUCAUCAUACCUCAACUGGCCUCGCUAGGUUUUGUUGUGGUUGUCCCUAAUUAUGCACAACCUCCUAGGUACUCUGUUUCUGAAUCCAUCUUGUUUGUUAAACUUUGUAUUGAGUGGAUUUCAGAGUGCAUUCACUCCUUCAACGGUGAUCCCAGUCAGAUAUUUGCUGUUGGUGAAGACACUGGUGCUGCAGUAGUUAAGGAAUGUCUUUCUAAAGAGUUACCUGCGGACACAAUACACGGUAUGUUCGCUCUAGCGCCAAGAGAUAACGAGGGUUUACAAUGGUCUAUUAAGCAAUCUAUUCCUACAUUCACUUUAAUUCCUGGAAUACCGGAAAACAGUUCUGAAGACGCUCAGCAAACCGACCCUACUUUGCACAAGACCAUGAGCCUUCAUGGCGCUGUUCCUUACUAUUAUAAGUUUACCUCUCCGAGGACGCUGGCAACUGGAGACAUGAUUGCUGGAUGGUUUAAACAUCUAAAUUCUUCAAAGAAACUAAACUAA